AUGGGUGCUGCUGCUGAUGCUGAUGCUUAUGCCGCCGAAGAAGACAAAACCCCUCAAGCUCGUCAGACAAUGUGUAUUUGUAUCCUCUUCUGGCUCACGAUCCUUGCAGGUGUGAUCUGGCUCGUCAACCUCAUCGUCAGGGACAUCGCAAUCAACCGUGAGAACCCCACGUUCCGCCUCCAUUCCGCCACCGUGUCCCUACUCAACAACGCCUCUGCCUCCAACUUCACCGCCACUUGGGACGUGACGCUGGUCGCCUCCAACCCCAACCACAAGCUCGAAAUCUACUACGACACCAUCCAGGCCACCAUCUUCUACAACCGCGGCAACAGCCAUAGGGUCAGAGUCUUGCUGGCAACGAAGCCGCUGCCGCCGCCAUUGGCUCUGAGGACCAGGGCCGAGACCACUUGUAGUUUCCGCAUCGAAGCCGCGUCCGCGUACAUAGGUGAUGACGUGGCCAAGGAAAUCUCGGAAGGGAGAGCUCGUGGAAUGGUGAGGUUUAAGCUCACCCUGUUGGCUAUAUAUAAGCUUCCCAGCUGGUAUUGGAAAGAUCCCAAAUUGUUUAAGGCCUCGUGCAACCCCGUCGAGUUUGGGUUUUCCCCGGAUAAUUAG